GCUGACGCCAGACCCGCGUCGAUUUGAAUUUGGAGCCUCGUUCCCUUGCGCGGAACGUAGAGCGAGGAGUUAGCGUUCGAAUUCACCCCGCCGCCUCGACGCCAUUGGCUGGUUCGCGGACGGCGGGGGGACGCGAUUGGCCGGUGGCCUCUCCCCGCCCCGCGCCCUGGUUGGCCGGAGAGCACGGAGGGAGUUAAAGAGUCGGCGCCUGCCGUGGGCAUCUGCAGGGUGAUGCUAGAACUUCCACGUUGCCCACGAGUGUAGGUACGUCCUCCGUGGCCCCAGGCUUGGACUCCUGCUUCGAGGUGCACCGCUCUGGUUUCCUGACUCCAGACGUACCUGUGAGCUCGCCUAGGUGUGAAGGGGAGCAGAGAGAAGGGGCGCCUGGACACUGAAUGGUCGCUGGAAGUGACGUCUCUGCUCUUACCGAGGGAGCCCGCUCAACUUUGAUCUUCCAAAAUUUGCUUCCUGGGCUAUGGGAGAUGUCAGCGAAUUAAAAAUGCAAAUAACACCAGAAACUCCGGGAAGGAUCCCUGUUUUAAAUCCCUUUGAAAGUCCUAGUGAUUAUUCUAAUCUCCAUGAACAAACCCUUGCUAGUCCUUCUAUCUUUAAGUCCACAAAACUACCAACUCCAGGGAAAUUUAGGUGGUCUAUUGAUCAGCUGGCUGUAAUAAAUCCUGUAGAGAUAGAUCCAGAGGAGAUCCAUCGGCAGGCUUCCUACCUAAGGCUUUCUCGAAUAGAUAAAGAUGUGGAAGACAAAAGACAAAAAGCCAUUGAAGAGUUUUUUACUAAGGAUGUCAUUGUGCCCUCUCCAUGGACUGAUCAUGAUGGAAAUCAGCCUUCAGAGCUUCAUCCCAGGAAAUGCCUAAAUAGCAAUGAUGACUCUCCCGAUGGGAGGAAGCCAAGCCCCCCCUCGCAGAAGUGCAACGCUGCCUGCCAGACUCUGCUCUCUCUCCCUGUGGAUUUUAAUUUGGAAGCCAUAUUAGGAGACUAUUUUAGAGCUGAUGACUUUGUGGCCCAAUCUCCUGGGAACCUCAGUUCUUCAUCUCUGAGAAGAAAGCUCUUUUUGGAUGUGAAUGGAAGCAUCUCUGAGUCUUUACCUUCAGCUUCUCCCGGAAGUCCUCCCUGCAGUGCCCGGGGCUCGCUUGAGGGACAAUUUUCUUCCAGCCCCAUUCAGAACAGUGCAAAAAAGUACAGCUUGGGAAGCGUAACUACUAGCCCGUCGGCUGUUUCCUCACCUACCUUCUCACCUAUUGCUCUUCAAGUAGGAAAGACCCCGCUCUCAGAACACAGGAAGUUUACAUUUCAUUCUCCUGAAGUUUCAUGUGGAACAACUUCUACUGGGAUUGCUAACCCGAGCAUCAGGAGUCCGUAUAUAGAUGGCUGCUCGCCAAUUAAAAAUUGGUCUCCUCGGAGACUGAGAGGUGGCCAUCAGUGUUUGUCCUCCCUGAUCCGGAUACCUUUUACCCUUGAGGCUCACAGUGAAGAUGAAGAAGCCGACGUUUCCUCCACAGAUGCGGCUCCACUUGGCACAAAUGCUUGUGGCGAGCCUCUAGUUGUCACUGCCAUGUCUGUUACACAGAGUCAGUCUGGUAUUUCUGAGAAAGAGAGAGCACUGCUGGAGGAUGUGGAAAGUGAGAGGGAAAAUGACACCGUGGACAUGGUCGAUCCUAUAGACACAGUAGGUGAAAGCACUUGGAUAAAAGAGCCAGUGGAUGAUGGGAAUUCACCCAUGACUGAUUUCAUGAGUGGAAUUGCCUUCAGUAUUGAAAACUCUCAUAUGUGCAUGUCGCCUCUUGCAGAAAGCAGUGUUCUGCCCUGUGAAAGCAGUGCUAUCCAGAUGGACAGUGGCUAUAACACACAGACUUGUGGAAGUAAUAUCACUGAUAUCGUUGGGACAGAAAGCUAUUGCAAAGAAAAUGUCACACACACAAAUGUUCAAAUGUCCUUUGAAGUGGAAAUGAAAUCUCAAGUUAAGAACGUAACGCAAGGUCACACAGUGCAGAGGUGCUGGAUGAAAUCUCCAAGUCCAUCUCAGUGCAGCAGCCCAUAGAGUCUCAAGACCAAAGCCCUUCCGGAUUUAUGAGGGGCUGUGAGUUAGUGUGAUGGUGAUGGGGUGCCUGCUUCACGUACUAUGCCUACUUCCCUCCUUAAUGUGAAAGGCUGCCAGGACCAGAAACUCCAAGUUGUUAAAUUAUACAUUUUUUUAAAAAAUCAAUAAAUAUUUUUAUAUUUGCUUCAAGUGGCUUGUUUAACAAAUAAAUUAUGGCAGACCUCAUGGCUUUCUCCUGUCCUGCAGGGUCAAUGAACUGCUCCUUAAGACUUUGAAUGGUAGUCUUGAAUUUAUCAGUUCUAGGAACAUGAGAAAAAUGUUGAAACUGAAUGCACUAUAUAUUUUUACAUGAAACUUUGUGAAAGAAAUCUUGAAAUAUAAAACUUACAGAGGUAAAAAGUAAAAUGGACUCCCUAAAAUUUCAUUUCUGUGGGGAAAUUACUUGGUUUGCGGUAUAACCGUGCUAGUUAAUAUUCUGAACACUAUAAAUGUAGAAAGGUGCUACUGGGCACCAUCCUAAAUGCUGCUAUCUGUAGGGGCUGCCACAGUAGCAUGUACCUCCAUUCCUAGGCUUGGUAGGGAGAUGAACAGAACAUGGGAGAGUCAGAAUCACUGGGAGACCAGGGAAUUCCUGUUGAGCUUAGAACUAUGAAGAAACAAUUGGGAAAAUAGCUAAAUAAAAUACAUUUUAAAAAUCUGUAUUAGAA